GCCGAAUUUCUGCGGCGCUCUCGAAACAUCUUCAUUAUCACCAAUUUGUUUCGAAACUUGAUGUCGAAUACAGCAGUCACGCGCAAUACACAUGUUAUGAAAGGUAUGACUGCUUGUCAGAGGUGCCGUCGGAGGAAGCAGAGAUGUGAUCAGAAAUACCCGAAUUGUUCCAAUUGCGAAAGUGCACAUGUCCCGUGCUUGACGUAUCACUCUGGGAAACGAGCUGAGAUACCCCGUAACUACGUGUCUCAUUUAGAGAUGCAGGUCGAGACAUUAACUCACGAAGUUCAAACUCUCAGAACGUUGAGUCAGUCCAGUUCAGCCAGUCACAGUGGGGGACACGCUCCUGCACUUGAAACAAGCACACCCGCUAGUGACGGAUCUGGUAGCUCCCUUCUUGGAAGAACUGUGGCCUCUGAAGCGGGUUCACAACAAUUCCAGGAUUUGGUCAAGAGCGUUAAGAAUGUCGUCGUUGAGCCUUCAAGACAGCCGAGGUUUUUGGGGCAAAGUGGCGGCAUAACGCUUGCCCGACUCGUGAUGGCAGCUAUCCAUGUCGACAACCUACAAACCCCUCUAUUUUCUGAGAACGAAGCCUAUGAAACUUCUCUAUCAGGUCCAGCUCCAGUACCAGAGGCUUCUCUCCCGCCGCGCCAUGUCGCAGAUCAUCUUGCCCAGGUCUACUUCCAGUUCCGCUCUCCACAUCUGCCGAUAGUGGAUCGGGCACAAGUCGAUGACGCCUUUAAAAGUGCCUAUCUCUACAUGAGCGAUCACUCAUCUUCGGAUCGGGCGUUCGAAAAAGAUAUUUUCACGGCCUUCAUGAUUGUCGCCAUCGCCCUCUGCGAUGUCCCUAGUCCAUCUGGUGGUCGGUCGACACAAAGAGAGGGCUGUUUUCGUUCGGCAGUCGGUCUAAUCGAGAAAGUUAUUACAUACUCAAGGAGUGAUCUUGAGACUGUCCGUGCUAUACUUUUAUUAUGUCAAUUUGUCGCCCGAUGCCCUUCUUGGGGAAGUUUAUGGCAUCUGACCGGAAAUGCUCUCCGUUUAUGUAUUGAUAUCGGUCUGCAUUGGGAAACUGAGGUUUUAGAUAUGGAUCCAAGCUUACUGCAGGAACGCCGCCGUUUAUGGUACUCUACUUACCAGCUGGAUCGUCUUUUAAGCAUCACGCUCGGCCGCCCCGUUGGUAUUACUGACGAGAGCACGCAUGUCCAGCUUCCUGACCCAUGCAUGGCAUCUUAUCAGCUCAACGAGUUCGACAUCCACAGUCAAAGAGCUCACAACCAUUUAAUCAUCAUGUCAAAAUUGGAGUCUGAAAUUAAACAUGUGCAAAAUAGCCAAUCUUGGACCCCAACAAUUGCCUAUCCGACACCAAACUACUCUGAUUGGAUCAAGGAUAUUCAACCCAGACUUCAGGAAUGGUAUAUUACGAUUCCACCACCCAGUAAAGCUCACCCAGACUCUAUAUUUGCUUGCCAGGCAUUCUGGGAUACCAUUUAUAAUAGUUCCAUUCUUCUCCUUUAUCGGCCGAAUUCAAUCUCACUUCUAUCGACGGAAGAACUAUUGAUAUCUUUUGAAGCCUCGUGUAAGCUAAUUAUAAGCAUCAAGUUUUUACAGCGAGAAGGGAAAAUUGACAUAUUAUGGAAGUCGGUCCAUACUCUCUUCAUGGCUGGCCUGGGGGUUAUCUAUGGUCUUUGGUAUUCAAAAGAGAUACGAGACACGCAUCCGCUUAGAGAUAAUAUUUCUACGCUUCAGGCCUGCGCUUCAACACUCUCUGCCAUGUCAGAGAACUUUCCGGGGGCUGUAGGUUGUCGGGACGCCUUUGAGACCCUUUCCUCAGCAACAGUCGACUGGCUACUUACUAACGAUGCCGAGAAAGUACGGCAAAGCAGAGUGGAAUUUGAGGCACAAGUGAGAGAUUUGCUACAACAGCUGCAGCCAUCCCGUGGCGGGAUGGCCAUAAUGAACCAGAACAAUGAUAUGUCGAGCAUGUUGUCGAACAAUAACUUUGCACUCAGCGAGAUGCUCAGUUCGGCCGCACAAUGGCCUGAUUUCCCUGACAUGGACGAGAGUGAUAUAGUACCCCAUCAUUUGUCAGGAGGAAUUAAUCCGGGGUCCCAUAUAUUCUAGAAGUGAAUUAGUAUAGUUAUAUUAUCUGUGGAGGCUUUCGAGGCCAGGCCAUCUCUUACUGUGAUUUAAUUUGGCCUCAUCGCCCAAAUCGAACGCUAGCAAACAAGUUUAUAGCUAGAAUCCCACAUUAAUGUAUCAUUAUUAGGCGGGUUGCGAGGG